UUAAUCCGUAAUUCGGUCGACCAUCGACACAAUUAGACAAGAUCAUUACAAAACACCAUCAUUUCACUCUGCCACGUGUAUUCAAACACUGAGCUAGCAAGUCUUUUUUUUCUCCCUCCUUCAUAUGAUUCUCGCCACUUCCAUAGAUAUUUCGCCACGUGUCCUCUCUAUUUAAACAAGUAUACGACCAGCAUAAAUCAAACACAUCAAAAAAUGGUGAAUCAUCGGAAAACCACAGACGCUGACGAGCCGUCACCGGAGUUUGAGUUCGGAUCGUUGACUCCAUCUUCUCCGUCGCAAGACUCGUUCAAUGAGAAUUCUCCCGCCGAUCACCUCUUCUUUAACGGGCGUCUCUUGCCACACUCUUUCCCUGCGGCGAGCAGUAUGUAUACAAAGCGGUCAAUCUCGAGUACGAGUGCGACCAGCGCAUUCACCUCCCGGAGCAACAGUACGAACAGUAGGAGUAGUUUUGGUAGUAGUAGCAACUCAACUUCUCAUUCUCCGAGAACGAGCAUGAGUUGCAACAACAACAUGAGUCAUCCCAUUACUCACAACAAGACGUUGGAUACAAAACCUCUGAAUAGUAGAUGUGGCAAAACCGUGAAUUCAACAAGUAGGAAAGCGACGGAGAUGGUGACAGCGUCUCUGUACAGGUCGUAUUCAUCGCAGCGGUGGCAAUAUAUAACUCCGGUGCCGGUGAAAAUGAGUGGAGGGAUAAGGGUCGGUGGGCGGAAGAAGAAGGUGCCGAGGGUGAGGAAGAAGACUGAAGAGAGAAGAGGGAGUAGAGUGAUGAAGCUGUGGAGAAGAAUACUAAUGGCGGCGAUUUUUGCUUGUAGAGAGUGCCAUGCAUUUGAUGGAGCUUGAGUGAGACUUGUGUAGUAAUGCGACCAUGGUGACGUGGUUAUGAAACAGAGAGGGAUAUUGGUUUAUUUGGUUGUUCAAUGCUAGUAAAGAACUAUAUUGACUUCUGUUAUUUUUGGCGAUUGUGUACCUAAAUAUUCGUCACCGAGUGUAAACAAAACUAAUAAAUUAUCUU